AGCAACUUCGCUGUCCUGGCCUUGAACUACAUUUCCCUUAAGGCUUUGCUGGUCGACUCUGUCUGUCUCUGUCUCUCUGUAUCUGUCUCCCUCACGCUGAACUUGGCUUUCUCCUCCUCUGAUUACAGGGCUGUUCUGAGUAGACCUUCCUUGGAGUCACAUGAGCUCGAGCCUGCUGGGAGGUCUGACAGCCUUUUAAGCCUCCCGAGUGCGUGUCAAAACGAGCCGAGCGCAGACUCAGAGGUAAGAAGACGCCAUCUUGUCCGUGGCUGGUGUGGCUGUGGACUACGUGUCCCAGAGUCCCCAGCGACCCGACGUUACAUCUCUCAACGUAGUGUAGAGAUCUUUAGCUCCGCAAGGACCCGGACGCGACCAGGGGAGGCAGAAGUGUCCCUUAAUGUUCUUCUGGAGUAGGAUCCAAUCCAGGAUUACAUGUUGCAGUUAGUUGAAAGUUACUUCUGUAAAUGCUUUUUGGAACAAGAAGGACAUCUCUGAACUUUGGAGAGAGGGUUGACAAGAAGCCAGUGCACAGGACUCUGCACUUGUCCAAGAGAAGAAUCAAGAAAUCAGAGCAGGUCAGGUAGUUAUAAAAGCCAUGGCCCAGAGAUUGCUGACAUUCAGGGAUGUGGCCAUAGAGUUCUCUCAGGAAGAAUGGAAGUGCCUGGAACCUGCCCAGAGGGACUUGUACAGGGAUGUGACUUUAGAGAACUUUGGUAACUUGGUCUCAGUAGGGCUUUCCAUUUCUAAGCCUGAUGUCAUUUCCUUAUUGGAGCAAGGAAAAGAGCCCUGGAUGAUUGCAAAUGAUAUGACAGGACCGUGGUGCCCAGACUUGGAAUCCAGGUGUGAGAAAUUUCUACAAAAAAAUUUCUUUGAAAUAGAGUCAUUCAAUUGGGAGAUAAUGGAAAGCCUUAAAUGCUGUGAUCUUGAGGGCUCCAAUUUUAGAGAUGACUGGGAAUGCAGAGGACAGUUUGAGAGACAAGUAAAUCAGGAGUGCUGUUUUAAGCAAGUGAAAAUCCCUUAUGAAAAUAUGCCUAUUUUUGAGCGUCAUACAUCUCUCACUCUACAUCAGAGCAUUGAGACUAGUGAGAAACUGAUUGAAUGUAAUGAAUGUGGGAAAGCAUUUAGCCGUGGCUCACACCUUAUUCAACAUCAGAAAAUUCAUACUGGUGAAAAACCCUUUGAAUGUAAGGAAUGUGGGAAGGCCUUUAGUCGUGCCUCACACCUUGUUCAACAUCAGAGAAUUCAUACAGGUGAGAGACCUUAUGACUGUAAGGAAUGUGGGAAGGCCUUUGGUCGUACUUCGGAACUUAUUCUGCAUCAAAGACUUCAUACUGGUAUCAAACCCUAUGAAUGUAAAGAAUGUGGAAAGACCUUUAGGCAACAUUCACAACUUAUUCUGCAUCAAAGAACUCAUACAGGUGAGAAACCCUAUGUAUGUAAAGACUGUGGGAAGGCUUUUAUUCGCGGCUCACAACUUACUGUUCAUCGGAGAAUUCAUACGGGUGCUAGACCCUAUCAGUGUAAAGAAUGUGGGAAAGCUUUUAGACAGCAUUCACAACUUACUGUGCAUCAGCGAAUUCAUACAGGUGAGAAACCCUAUGAAUGUAAAGAAUGUGGAAAGGGCUUUAUUCAUAGCUCAGAAGUUACUCGACAUCAAAGAAUUCAUUCUGGGGAGAAACCCUAUGAAUGUAAGGAAUGCGGGAAGGCCUUUAGACAGCAUGCACAGCUCACUCGACAUCAGAGAGUUCAUACUGGUGACAGACCCUAUGAAUGUAAGGACUGUGGGAAGGCCUUUAGUCGUAGUUCAUACCUUAUUCAGCAUCAAAGAAUUCAUACAGGAGACAAACCCUACGAAUGUAAGGAAUGUGGAAAAGCCUUUAUUCGUGUGUCACAACUGACUCAUCAUCAGCGAAUUCAUACUUGUGAGAAGCCCUAUGAAUGCAGGGAGUGUGGAAUGGCCUUUAUUCGUAGUUCACAACUUACUGAACAUCAGAGAAUUCAUCCUGGUAUCAAACCUUAUGAAUGUAGAGAAUGUGGGCAGGCCUUUAUUCUUGGCUCACAGCUCAUUGAACACUACAGAAUUCAUACUGGUUAGGAAGCAUCAGUAUUAGGGAUAUAGAAAAGCCUUUAUGUGGAGUUCACACCUGGUUCGAUAUUAGAUCGUAUUUAAUGUAAUUAAUAUUAGAAAACCUUCAUUUGUCACUUCCAUUAUGGAACAUCAGAGAACUCAUACCAGAAGAAAAUUCAAUAAAUGUGGGAAUUCUUGCCUCACUCACUGUUCACUAUGCAUCAGAGAACCUGUGCUAAAAAAAAAUUAAUGUGAAUGUAGAAAAGCCUUUGGUUACCACUCAAAAUGUGUUAAAUAUCUGAGAAUUCCAAAUAAAAAGUGACCCUAUUAUUUUGUGAAUGUGCCUUUCACCAUGGUGUAUAUCUUAUUUAAUGUCCCACUUCCACCGAUUACUGACUGUAUACCACCACUGGGCACAUUAUGCAGUCUCUCUCCCUCACUUUACUUAUUUUUAAGUGGUGACAAAUUAUACCUGCCUAAUACAGUUUUUGUGAGGACUAAAUCUGAUACUUUAUAUAAAGCCUUGAAAGGGCUAUCUGGCACAUACAUGUGCUCAGUAAAUAUUAGCUAUUGUCAUUAAUUUUAUCAUCAGUAUCACUGAUAAGGAGUUAUGCGAGAGGAGGGCCUUAUGAAUGUGUCAAGUAUCAAAAACUCCAUAACCACUUGUUAUGAUAAUUUUGUUUUGAAAAGCAGUAGUAAAGCAUAAUUAUUAGGAAAUCUUUAUUCAAGAGGUUAGAAAUUUGGAAGAUGAGAAAUUAACAGAAGAGUAACCAAAAGAAAUCUGCCCAUUUCAAAGUCUAAAACCACAUCCGAGUAUAACUUAGUUUAAAGAGAAAUAAUUAAAAUUACAAACCAGAAAUGAAUGACAGUAAAUUCUACUUAUCACAACCAGUUCAGUGUAGCUAAAGCUGUAUUCCUGUUAGAAGCUAGGAUUUGAAUGUAGGGACUUUGUUCUCCAAAUGUAGCUCUCCAGUACCUUGUCAUUGCCAGUCACAUACUAAAUACAUUGAAUAGUGAAUGAAUACUCAACUCUAAAAGUUAGGAAAAAAUUACAACAUAAACUCAAGUCAGCAGUAAGAAUUAUUAUUAAAAAUAAAAGAAAAAAGUAAAAUAGAAAACAAAACAGUAGACUUUGAAGGUGGUUUAAUUAACAAUACAAUAGACUAUUUACAAGUGUGAUCUAGAAAAAAAAAAUUAUGAAUAAGGAAGGUGUUAAAAGAUUUUUUUAAAUAGCCUACUAUGCAUGAUGUUAUUCUAAUAUAUUUGAAACUCUAGAGAGAAUGGAUUUUUACAAAAAUAUCAAAAUUGGUUCAAGAAGAUGUGGAAGCCUGAAUAAAUCAGUGAUUAAAGAAAGAUGUAAAAAGUCAUCAAAGGUCUUUCCCUUUAAGAAAACAUUUUAACCUACAAAGACUGUAAAGAACAGAUAAUCCCUAAGGGAAGCUUACCAGUUCAUUUUCAAGACUAAAUGAAAUUCUGAUUAAAAACAAACGAUACAAGAAUACCUCCCCAAAAAACUAAUUGUAAAUCAUUGCCAUUUAUGAAGACAAAUGUAAAUGUAAUUCCUGCUUAUUUAUUCCAAUAUCUAUUGAAAUUAAGAAGUGAAUUUUAAAUGGAAUGUCUGGAAUUUCACCUAUUCUGGAUUAAUUAUGUUUUCAGAAUUUUGAUAUUGUAUCUCCAGGAGAUCACAGUGAUGAAGAAAUGAGCAUUUUUUGAUCCAACCCCAGUGACAUCUGGAUCAGAGUUUGUGAAUAAAUCUUAGGAAUCUCAAGAGAUUAUACCCACUAGCCCUUGGCAUAGCCAGGCAGUGUCUGGGGCCAGGCACUAGUUGCCCUUUGAUGCCAGCCAUCUUAUCAGUCAUCGUGAGUGUUUGGUAGAAACACCUGCAUUUUCUGCACGUGCCAUUGCCUACAAAGGAUUAGAAAGCAGUGUUCUGUAGUAAUUUUUCUUUAAGUGGUUUAAUGAUUAAUAUGUGCCAUUGGAGGGGCUCAAAGCUAUGACAUUAAAAAUUGCCACUUUGAAUAGUUAAAGCACAUGCACAGUAUAAAAAUUUUAUUUUAUUUUACUUAUUUAUUUUUUUAAAAGAUGACCAGUAAAGGGAUCUUAACCCUUGACUUGGUGUUGUCAGCACCACGCUCACCCAAGUGAGCCAACGGGCUGGCCCUUGCACAGGAUAAAAAUUUUAAAGUUACGCUGUUACACAGAUGUGAGUGAAUCUUCACAUUAUCUCUGCCCCUUUCCCACCCAGCUACCCUUUAUGGAACAGUGAUAUCAAGUUCUUGUAUAUACUUCCUGAUUUUUAAUUUGCAUAAGCAUAGACAUACACAUAAAGAUUUUUGCACAAAUGGUAGCAAAUUUCUGUACAUGGCUAUUUUCAUUUUUCCGUACAUUUUGAAGAUCAUACCAUAUCUGUACAUGAAUAGCUGUCUCAU